AUCAGUCAGUUAACUCAAAAAAAAAAAAAAAAAAAAUCCAGAUCAACACAAAAUUAAACGCAAAUAAAUCCAAAAUAAAAUCCCUCACAUGACACCAAAACAUCACAGGCUGAUCAAUUUUUUUUCUAUUUUCACACCGCACGGCCGCACUUUCAGCUCAAACUUUUUCUCUCUUAGCUCAAAGUUUAUCUCUCUAAGGUCUUGGGAUCUUGGUUUGAUGGGUUUGAUAUGGGCUAGAAAGAGAGAGGCUGAGUCGGUUUGAUCUGGGUUAGAGAGAGAUGUUGAGAUCGGUUGAUGUCACGGCAUGGCUGGCGGCGACAUGUGGGUUCAAGAUCAACCAAAUGGGGAGUGAUUUAAGAACAGUGGUGGUCGGGUUCUGGGUUUCAAAGUGGUUUUGGCUAUUGAAGAAGUUUGGGUUUUUAUUUUCUCAUCUCACAUUAGAUGUUUUUGGGUUUUGAAUUUUCUGGGUCUUGUUCUUGUCUGUUCUUCCUCAGUCUUUCUGUCUUUCUCUUUCUUUGACACACUCUCUCUCUCUCUCUCUGAAAGCUCUUUGUGGGGGUGUCAAUGGUGGAUCUGAAGUUAACAUUUUUGAAGGUAUACUCGGUUCUGAAAUAAGAGCUCCUUGAAGACUCUGCUUUUGAGUGGACAGAUGAUUCUCGUCAAUGGGUCGAGCUGUUUCAGAGAGAAAGAAAGAAAGAAAGAGAGAAUGGGGAACUGCUUUUCCGAUGUGGAGGGAGGCAAGCAAGCAGUGGGUGGGACCCAACAGAGGCCCAAUAGUAUUGCCGCCACCAACAACAACAAUGGCGGACACAACGAUGCCGUCGAGUUCUUCUUCAGGUCUCGUGGCAUUCAGCCUCUCUUCACGCAAAUCGAGUUAUCUCUAUCUGCAUCUAACUUGCUUGACCGUGACAUCACUUCAAAGAGUGAUCCAAUGGCUGUGGUGUAUGCAAAGAAAAGAGAUGGAAAACUAGAGGAGUUAGGUCGCACUGAGGUUGUUUUGAAUAGUUUGAAUCCUGCAUGGAUAGAAAAAGUUACAGUUGCAUUCCAGUUCGAGAUUGUGCAGCCAUUGGUAUUUCAUGUAUAUGAUGUGGAUUCAAAAUAUCAUAAUGUACCUGUGAAGACGCUAAAAUUGAAUGAUCAAGAAUUUCUUGGAGAGGCUACUUGUGUUCUAUCUGAGAUAGUGGCUAAACAAACUCGGAGUUUAACCCUAAAUCUCAAUAACAAAAAUGGGCAUACGAGCUUGAGGAACUUAGGGGCACUCACUAUCCAUGCAGAGGAAACAGUUUCUUCGAGGAGUUGUGUUGAGAUGGUAGUCCAUUGUUCCCACUUGGAUAAUAAGGACCUAUUCUCUAAAAGUGAUCCUUUCUUAAGAAUAUCUAGAAUUGUUGAGAGUGGAGGCUCUGUUCCAAUAUGCAAAACUGAAGUGGUGAAGGACAAUUUGAAUCCUAUUUGGAAACCCCUAUGCCUGAGCAUACAGCAGUUUGGAAGUAAGGAUAACCCAUUAAUUAUCGAGUGCUUUGAUUUCAAUAGCAGUGGCAAUCAUGUGCUUAUUGGUAAGCUCCAGAAGUCUGUGGCAGACCUAGAAAAACUUCAUAUAGAAAGAAGUGGUGCAAAUCUCACCUUACCAUCUCCUCAUCAUGGUCAUGAGAAGGUUUUGAAGGGACAGCUAUUUGUGGAUCAAUUUUGUGAAAAGCAACAGUAUAGUUUUCUAGAUUACAUUUCCAAUGGAUUUGAGCUUAACUUUAUGGUUGCUGUUGACUUUACAGCCUCAAAUGGAAAUCCUCGGAAUCCAAAUUCUUUACACUACAUUGAUCCUUUUGGUCGGUUGAAUUCUUAUCAACAGGCUAUAAUGGAGGUUGGGGAGGUCAUUCAAUUUUAUGAUUCCAAUAGGCGCUUUCCUGCUUGGGGCUUUGGAGGAAGAACAAUUGAUGGUACCACAUCACAUUGUUUUAACUUGAAUGGAAGUGCAGGUGCCUUUGAGGUUGAAGGAGUUGAAGGCAUCAUGGUUGCUUAUGCAAGGGCUCUCCAUAAUGUUGCCCUGGCAGGACCCACUUUAUUUGGCCCAGUGAUUAACGCAGCUGCACAAAUUGCUGGCCAGUCCAUCUCAUACAACAGCAGCAAAUACUUUGUCUUGCUCAUUAUAACGGAUGGAGUCAUUACAGACCUGCAAGAAACAAAAGACGCUCUGGUCAGGGCAUCCGAUUUGCCUCUAUCUAUCCUUAUUGUUGGGGUGGGAGGUGCAGAUUUUAGAGAAAUGGAGGUUCUUGAUGCUGACAAUGGAAGACGGAUAGAGAGCUCUACGGGUCGUGUGGCUACACGUGACAUUGUGCAGUUUGUUCCAAUGCGAGAUGUGCAUAGUGGGCAGAUUUCUGUGGUUCAAGCUCUAUUGGAAGAGCUACCUGGACAGUUUUUGACAUACAUGCGGAGUAGAGAUAUCAAGCCAAGCCCUUUCUAUGCAGCCUCAACUUCUGCUUGACUAACAUUUACCAAGUACACAAGAUUUAUAAAUAUGCUGAUUUUGCUUUUAUCAACUAAAAAAAUUUAGGUCUGAACCAUUCACAAGUUAACUUACCUGAGAGGAGCUCUCUAUUAACAAAUUUUUUAGGUCUGAACCACUAA